GCAUUUAACUCGCUGCAGCUGCUUGGAAUCAGGGUAGAGGCAGGCCAGACUCGAUGCUGAUUGGCAUGGGAAGAGCGGAAGAUCAGAGAAGACACAAUAAUUUCAGCCUAAAGUGCAUUAAAGAUAAAUGGCUCCCAAUCACCGUUACUGUCAUCAUCACGGCUUUGGUCGCCACCAUCAUCGGGCUGGCGGCCAAGAAGACGCCCCCCUGCCCAUGCUACCUGCCCCAUGUCACUGCUGCGUGUCCUGAUGGCUGGAUCGGGUACCAAGGGAAAUGCUAUUACUUCUCAGAGAGUGAAGGGAGCUGGAGCGCCAGCCAGAACCACUGCUCUUCACUCAACGCCUCCCUGGCAGUGAUUGACUCCCUGCCAGACCUGGAUUUCAUGCUGCGCUAUAAAGAGCCCCCUCUCUACUGGAUCGGCCUGCGAAGGGACUCCCCUGGCCAGCCCUGGAAAUGGACCAACGGGACUGAAUUCAAUAAGUGGUUUCAGAUCGGAGGGGACGGGUCUUGUGCCUACCUGAACAAUCCUGGUGUCAGCUGCUCCUGGUGCUACUCGGAGAGACGCUUCAUCUGCAGCCAGCCAGAUGUGUACGCCAGAGGAAAUCCAAAUGCUACAGGAGAGGGCUCAACGCAGAAACUCACCUAAAAG